GGCACAGCCCAGGCCUCCGCCGCCUGGAGCGCUGCCCGCUGCUGCCACACGCACCGAGCCAGCCGGGCAGGGGAGCCGCCGGAGAGCCCUGAAUCUUGACUGCAGUGAAGGGACUACUGCCACUUGAACAAUGCAUACAAGUAAGGAGGAAGAGCUGGAAAGCAAUACAUUUUACAGGCCAGUGUGCUGUAGGGUAGUAUAUGUGAAACAAAGAUCCCAUUUGAAUGCAUGACUCAGUCUGAAACAUCCAAAGUGGUAGUAAGGUUCAAUGGCAAAUGUAAACAUUUGUCAACACUUGAAAAAUAUUCCUUUGGACAGCAUGGAUUUGCUGGAAUCUAGAGUUCAGAACACUUGCAAAGAACAGCGCUUUAUUUUUUAAAGCAUUAAUUACCUGGAUUGGUUGCAGCGAUGGCUAGCAAAAGAAAAUCCACAACUCCUUGCAUGAUACCGGUAAAAACAAUGGUGCUGCAGGAGAUGGAAUCAGAUGCUGUGGAAGAUGAUCAUGAAGGAACUCAACAGCACAUGCCUCCUGAACCACCGGCAGCUGGUGAUGCUGUUAUUAACAAUAGCAGCAAUAAUGCAACAUUGUCUAAUGGGCAUCGCAGUAUUAUGGACGGUGAUACUUACUUGUGUAAGUAUUGUGAUUUUGGAUCUCAAGAUGUUAAUCAUUUCUUUGGACACAUGGAUUCUGAGCACUUAGACUUCAGCAAAGACCCCUCGUUUGUAUGCGUUGAGUGCAGUUUUCUGGCACAAAGCCACAAAGGGCUUUUGCAUCACAAUGCGGAGUGCCACGGUGGUGAAACUAGCUUCCUCUGGAAUGUGGCUAAGCAGGAUAAUCAUACGACAGUGGAGCAAAGUAUCUCUGAUGCCACCAGCAACCAAGACCUUUCAGGAGAAUUCUGUGAGGAGGGGGUAGAUGGUCAAGCUGAAAUCAUCAUCACCAAAACUCCCAUUAUGAAGAUAAUGAAAGGUAAGCCUGAGGCCAAAAAAAUUCACAUGCUAAAGGAGAAUGUAUCAAAUCAGCCAGGCAAUGAUUUGGCGAUGAAAGAUGGUGACCAUUCAUUCACCAAUGGGUCUUUGCCAGCCAGCCAGUCAACGGCCAGCUCAGCAAAAUCAUCUCACAUAGUUAAUGGCUCCAUAUUGGGAAACGUGCCUGUUUUGCAGGCAGGCGUUGCACAACUUGUGUCAUUGCAGCAGCAGCAGCCGCAGCUGCACCAGGACCUACCCACGUCCAAAUCCCUUCCUAAAGUGAUGAUUCCUCUGAGCAGCAUUCCCACCUACAAUGCAGCCAUGGACUCCAACAGUUUCCUGAAAAACUCCUUCCAUAAGUUUCCCUACCCUACAAAAGCUGAGCUUUGCUAUUUGACUGUCGUGACCAAGUACCCAGAAGAGCAGCUUAAGAUCUGGUUUACUGCCCAGAGGUUGAAACAAGGCAUUAGCUGGUCCCCAGAGGAGAUAGAAGAUGCACGGAAAAAAAUGUUCAACACGGUUAUUCAGUCUGUACCGCAGCCCACUAUCACAGUUUUAAAUACACCUCUAGUCGCAAAUGCCAGCAAUGUCCAGCAUCUCAUUCAGGCAACUCUACCUGGUCACAUGGUCGGGCAACCAGAAGGAACGGGAGGGUUACUCGUUACACAACCAAUAAUGACAAAUGGAUUAAAAGGAAGCAGCUCGUCUCUUACGUUAGCAGUGACAUCUAUUCCCAAGCUCCAACCCAUUACGCAACACAACAAUGCGUGUUCGAGCAGCGCAUCAGCUGUGAAGGUGGUCAACACAGCUCAGUCUCUGCUGACUGCAUGCCCAAGCAUAUCUUCACAAGCUUUCAUGGAUCCCAGCAUCUACAAAAAUAAGAAGUCCCAUGCGCAGCUGUCUGCACUGAAAGGCAGCUUCUGCAGGAAUCAGUUCCCUGGCCACGCUGAAGUUGAGCGUCUGACCAAAAUUACAGGCCUUACAACUAGGGAGGUUCGAAAGUGGUUUAGUGAUAGGAGAUAUCAUUUCAGGAAUAUGAAAGGCAGUAGAGCCAUGUUUGCUGGAGAUAACACAAUAAUUAUUGACUCUAUGCCUGACAUUACCUUCACUGUGUCACCAAAAGAGAUUGACUUAACCUCUACGACAGCAGCGAUGCCUGUGGCUCAUCACCAAACAAGGCGACAGUCCUGGCAUCAAACGCCCGACUUCACCCCAACGAAAUACAAAGAGAGAGCACCAGACCAGCUCAAGGCUUUGGAAGGCAGUUUUGCACAAAACCCUUUUCCUCCAGAAGAAGAAGUGGACCGUUUGAGGAGUGAAACAAAAAUGACCAGGAGAGAAAUUGAUAGCUGGUUUUCAGAGAGGAGGAAAAAAAAGGUGAUGGAGGAAAAUAAAAAAGCAGAAGAAAUGGUCCAGCAAGAGGAGGAGGAUGCUGACAAUAAUUGUGGAGAAGAGGAAGACUCCUCAGAUGAACUGAGGGUCUCAAGUGAAAAUGGUUCAUUAGACACCCCAAGCAGCAAUCAAACUUCACUGGAGCGGAAAGUUAGUCCUAUUAAAAUCAAUCUGAAGAAGCUUAGAGUGACUGAGUCAAAUGGCAAAAAUGAAUUGCCAGAGGUAGGUGCAAAUGAUCAAGGGGACAACUGUUCUAGCAGGCCACCUACCCCCGCAAAAACCAAACUGAACUUUAAAAAAACAGCCCAACAGCGGCAUUUGCUUAAACAAAUGUUCGUAAAGACACAGCGACCAACAAAUCAAGAAUACGACAGCAUAGUUGCUCAGACAGGCCUGCCCCGGGCUGAGAUAAUUCGCUGGUUUGGGGAUAGCCGGUACGGUUUAAAAAAUGGCCAGCUGAAAUGGUAUGAGAACUACAGGCGGGGUAUCUUCCCUCCAGGUUUAGCAGUGAUCAGCCCAGCUAGCAAAGAGAUCCUAGAGGACUAUUACAAAAAGCACAAGAUGCUGUAUGAAGAUGACCUUCAGAGCUUGUGUGAGAGAACUCAACUGAAUUCACAGCAGGUUAGGGUGUGGUUUGCUGUAAAGGCGGACGAAGAAACCCGGGCCGUGUCUGACACGGGAAGCGAAGAUCGAUACUCGGGCACGGGCGAACAAGCAGGAAGCCAAAAAGGGACAUGCGAUGCCAGUUCGGAGGUAUCUGAGAAUAGCGAAUCUUGGGAGCCCAGUGGCCAGGAAGGCCAUUCGGAACCCUUUGAUACUUUUAGCCAGCAACCUGCAGUUCAGCUUGAAACAGAUUGACCUUAAACUGCCUGCUCUGAAGGAUCUGUGAUUACAUUUGAGAAGAUUGUAAAUCCAUGGGCCUGAUACGAAUCUCAGUAGCAGGGAGUGGUGUAAAAGCACUGCUGUAAUGAGACCUUUCAGUACAGCACAUCAGAGAGGGAGAGCAAGAGAAUCGGGCUCUUCAUGCAGUGCCAUCUGCAGCCUAAUCUAGAAUCUUACUCACCAGCUGGCCAGAGUAGGGCAUCAGUAAGAUCUUCUCACUCUUGUGACGUAGGAUGCUGUUUCCUUUCCAGUGGAUAAACUUUCAGAUUUCAUAUUCAUAUAAUGGAACCAACUUUUGACAUGCAGACAGCCGCCUCGACAAGCAUAAUUAAUUUUGGACAUUGAUUGUGUAAAUGUAUUUUUUGCAUAGAAAUGGACUAUCAUGGCACAAUACAUUUUUAAUCUUCA